GUAACAAGGGAAAAAAUUCAUGGGAUGGGUACGGAGGCAAAGGAACACGUCUAUGAAAUAAGACUAUUUCACUAGUUCUAAAUAAACCAAAUGCAGUAAGAGUUACUGAACAUGCCUCGGAGUCCAACAUCAAGUGAAGAUGAGAUGGCUCAGAGUUUUUCAGAUUAUUCAGUGGAAUCCGAAUCAGACAGCUCCAAAGAAGAAACCAUUUAUGAUACUAUCAGAGCAACAGCAGAGAAACCAAGCAGCAGAAUGGAGGACACCCAGAAUAAUAUAUUAGUGAUACGAAUUAUAAUACCUGACCUACAGCAAACGAAAUGUAUUAGAUUUAAUCCUGAAGCUUCAGUGUGGGUAGCAAAACAGCGAAUUCUUUGUACAUUGAAUCAAAGUUUGAAAGAUGUUCUCAAUUAUGGGUUGUUCCAGCCUGCAAACAAUGGAAAAGAUGGAAAAUUUUUGGAUGAGGAACGACUUCUUUUGGAAUAUCCACAACCUGUCAAUAAAGGUGUUCCAUCCUUAGAGUUUCGGUAUAAGAAGAGAGUAUACAGACAAAUGAAUCUUGAUGAAAAGCAUCUAGCUAAGCUCCAUACCAAGGCUAAUUUUCGAAAAUGUAUGGACCAUGUGCACCACCUCUCAGUUGAAAAACUAACAAAGAUGCUGGAUCGGGGACUUGAUCCUAAUUAUCAUGACUUAGAAACCGGAGAAACCCCACUAACUUUGGCAGCCCAACUUAGCAAUACUGUUGAAGUGAUCAAAGCUCUGAAAAAUGGAGGUGCUCAUUUAGAUUUCAGAGCCAAAGACGGCAUGACAGCUUUACACAAAGCAGCUAGAGCCAAGAACCAAGAAACCCUGAAGACCCUAUUAGAGCUUGGAGCAUCUCCCAACUAUAAAGACAGCUGUGGACUGACACCACUGUACCACACUGCAGUGGUUGGAGGGGAUCCAUAUUGUUGUGAGCUGUUACUUCAUGAACAUGCUACUGUUGGUUGUAAAGAUGAAAAUGGAUGGCAAGAGAUACACCAGGCUUGUCGAUAUGGACAUGUCCAGCAUUUAGAACAUUUCCUGUUUUAUGGAGCAGAUAUGGGAGCACAAAAUGCCUCUGGAAACACAGCUUUGCAUAUCUGUGCGCUUUAUAACCAGGACAGCUGUGCAAGAGUUUUAUUGUUACGGGGAGCCAACAAGGAGUUAAAGAACUAUAACAGCCAAUCCCCAUUUCAGGUGGCAAUUAUUGCUGGAAAUUUUGAGCUUGCUGAAUAUAUCAAGAAUCACAAGGAAACUGAUAUCGUGCCAUUUAGAGAAGCUCCUACAUACUCAAACAGAAGACGGAGACCUCAGACCACCUUGGUAACACCUCGUGUUUUGCUCCGGUCCAAUAGUGAUAACAAUCUGAACAUUAACAUUCCUGACUGGUCAGCUUCCUCUUUAGCUUCUUCACACCGUAGCCUUUCGCCUCACCUACUUCAACAGAUGCAGAAUAAUCCUAAUGGAACUGUGAAAACUGUUGGAAGCUAUACUUCAACCUCUCGGAGCCGCUCACCCUCAUUAAAUAGGUUAGGAGAGGAUGCGAAGCGGCAGCAACACCGGCACAUCAGUGCCAGUUAUAACCCCAGUGCCAACAAGGAUACGCUAUCUGCCUUGGAUUAUCAAGUUCCAAAACGCAAACUUUAUAGUGCUGUACCUGGAAGACUAUUUAUUGUUGUGAAGCCAUAUCAACCUCAAGGAGACGGGGAGAUUCAUUUGCACAAAGGGGACAGGGUAAAAGUUUUGAGCAUUGGUGAGGGCGGAUUCUGGGAAGGAAGCACUCGAGGACAUGUUGGAUGGUUUCCUGCAGAAUGUGUUGAAGAAGUGCAGUGUAAACCAAAUGAAAGCAAACCAGGAAGAAGUAUAUUGAAGGUGAACUUUGAAGUCCUGUGUCAGAAUGAAUUUGGAAUACAUAUUUGGUCUCUGUUUUAA